CAAGCGAAAGGGGGGUGGUUGAGAAAGUUGAGAGAGAGAGAGAGGGAGGCAGAGAGCAAAACCAGCUCCUACCUUUCAAAGCCCUCCGGAAAGGAGGAAAAAAAAGUUUGGCUCCAUAAACUCCAUCAGAAGAGCAGAGGUAGAGAGGAGCUCGCAGCCUGAGGGACCGGGAACGUUCCGAGGCGCCCCCACAGCGAGCAGGCGAGAGGCACAUCCCGGGGAGUGGAAGGACCCUGCAUCCCGAGCCUACGGAUGAUUUAUUGGCUCUGCACAUCCAGAGGAAUGCUCGCAGCCAGGCACCGAUGCCCCUGCACCUCUCUACUUGUGCUCACCCUGCUGGAGGCUUGCUUAUGGGGAUACAGAGCAGAAGCACAUGGGAAAGGAGAACAGAGGUGCCCUAUGCCCUACAUUGGCAGACUAAAGAAGAGAGCAACUGAUCUGUUAUUCUCUGCUGAUAUAGUGCCCACCUCAACAUGGAACAUUUCCAGCGACAUAGACAAAGAUAUAUACCUGCAACUUGAUGAGCCUAUGAAUAAUAUUACAACAUCACUGGGUCAGACAGCAGAAUUGCAUUGUAAGGUUUCAGGGAAUCCCUCACCUACAAUAAGAUGGUUAAAAAAUGAUGCUCCAGUUGUUCAGGAGCCAAGAAGAAUUUCAUUCCGUACAACCAACUAUGGAUCUAGGCUACGGAUUAGAAACCUUGACACAACGGACACUGGGUAUUUCCAGUGUGUGGCAACAAAUGGCAGGAAGACUGUGUCUACAACUGGGGUGCUGUUUGUCAAAUUUGGUCCACCCCCUACAGCAAGUCCAGGGUCAGUUGAUGAUGAGGAAGAUGGAUACUGCCAGCCGUAUAGAGGGAUAGCCUGUGCGCGGUUUAUCCUGAACCAUACCAUUUAUGUUGAGUCUCUGCAUAUGCAAGGAGAAAUAGAAAACCAAAUUACAGCUGCAUUCACUAUGAUCGGUACAUCCAGUCACCUCUCAGACAAAUGUUCCCAGUUUGCAAUCCCAUCUUUGUGCCAUUACGCCUUUCCAUACUGUGAUGAGAAUGCCCCCCAUUCGUCUCCAAAACCGCGUGAUCUGUGCCGGGAUGAGUGUGAGAUUCUGGAAAAUGUCCUGUGCCAGGCUGAAUACAUAUUUGCCAGAUCUAAUCCCAUGAUCUUAAUGAGGUUAAAAUUACCAAACUGUGAAGACCUCCCACUGCCAGAUAGUCUGGAGGCAAGAAACUGUAUAAGGAUUGGCAUUCCAAUGACAGAGCCCAUCAAUAAAAACCAUAAGUGUUACAAUAACACAGGAGUGGAUUACCGCGGCACGGUGAGUGCUACAAAAUCUGGACGACAAUGCCAGCCGUGGAACUCCAACCAUCCCCACACUCACACAUUUAAUGCAAUCCGUUACCCUGAACUCAAUGGGGGCCAUUCUUACUGCAGAAACCCUGGGAAUCAGAGAGAAGCCCCCUGGUGCUUCACCUUGGAUGAAAAUGUCAAGUACGAGCUCUGUGAUAUUCCAGCCUGCGACUCCAAGGACUCAAAGGAAAAGAACAAAAUGGAAAUCCUGUAUAUAUUGGUGCCAAGUGUUGCCAUCCCCCUAGCUAUUGCCCUGCUCUUUUUCUUUAUUUGCAUCUGCAGAAAUAAUCAGAAGGCUUCAUCCCCACCAGCGCAAAGGCAGCCCAAACAUGUCCGUGGGCAGAAUGUGGAAAUGUCCAUGUUAAAUGCUUACAAACCUAAGAGCAAAGCAAAAGAAUUACCCCUUUCUGCAGUAAGGUUUAUGGAAGAGCUUGGGGAGUGUGCUUUUGGAAAGAUUUACAAAGGACAUCUCUACCUUCCAGGAAUGGAUCACGCUCAGCUUGUGGCUAUCAAGACAUUGAAAGAUUAUAACAACCCACAGCAAUGGUCUGACUUUCAACAAGAGGCAUCGCUUAUGACUGAAUUGCAUCAUCCAAACAUUGUAUGUCUUGUUGGAGUUGUUACACAAGAACAGCCUGUAUGCAUGUUGUUUGAAUUCAUGAACCAAGGAGACCUGCAUGAAUUUCUCAUCAUGAGAUCCCCUCAUUCUGAUGUUGGUUGCAGCAGUGAUGAAGAUGGUACAGUAAAAUCAAGCCUUGAUCAUGGAGAUUUCUUACAUAUUGCUAUUCAGAUUGCUGCAGGUAUGGAGUAUCUGUCAAGCCAUUUUUUUGUCCAUAAAGAUCUUGCUGCACGUAACAUAUUAGUUGGUGAACAACUUCAUGUGAAAAUUUCAGAUCUUGGGUUGUCAAGAGAAAUAUACUCAUCAGACUACUAUAGAGUUCAAAAUAAAUCUCUUCUUCCAAUACGAUGGAUGCCACCUGAGGCCAUACUGUAUGGGAAAUUCUCUACUGAUUCAGAUAUCUGGUCAUAUGGGGUUGUUCUAUGGGAAAUUUUUAGCUUUGGCCUUCAACCGUAUUAUGGGUUUAGCAACCAAGAAGUUAUAGAAAUGGUCAGAAAAAGGCAGCUUCUUCCAUGUUCAGAAGAUUGCCCACCCAGAAUGUAUAGUUUGAUGACUGAAUGUUGGCAAGAAAUACCAUCCAGAAGGCCAAGGUUCAAAGAUAUCCUUGUGAGACUGAGAACAUGGGAAGGACUCUCUAGUCAUACAAGUUCAACUACACCUUCAGGUGGGAAUGCUACCACUCAAACAACCUCACUAAGUGCAAGCCCAGUAAGCAACCUCAGUAAUCAAAGAUAUCCCAAUUUCCUUUUCUCACCACAAGCCAUGCCACAGGCCCAGAUUGCUGGCUUUAUUGCCCCUCCAUUACCUCAGAAUCAGAGAUUCAUUCCAAUAAAUGGGUACCCAAUUCCACCAGGAUAUGCUGCUUUUCCAACUGCUCACUAUCAGCCUCAGGCACCACCAAGAGUGAUUCAGCACUGCCCACCACCAAAGAGUCGAUCCCCAAGUAGUGCCAGCGGAUCUACAAGCACUGGUCAUGUAACAAGCUUGCCUUCUUCAGGAUCCACCCAGGAUGCAAAUAUUCCCUUACUUUCACACAUGUCUAUGCAGAGCCAUACAGGGAGCAUAGGCAUUCCACCUUUCGGAAGCAAAACAAACAAGCCAUACAAAAUGGACAUGAAACAGUCAUCUUUAAUAGAAGACUCAGAUAUUCGUGGGCACAAUGAAUCAAUGAUCACUGCAGAGUUGUAACUUUGUGAUACUUUUGUAAAUACUGUAUGCAGUAAAAAUAAGAAAGACAUACAAAUUUUUAUAUGAAAUAUUUUAUUGAACUGAAGUCAUUCCAGAUGGUAACAGACCAUUCCUACAAGUAUGUUCUGUGAAGUCAGAAUCUGUGCCUAAAUGUGAGGGAAAACCUUCCAGUUCGGAAAGUGGCGGCAUUGAUCGUACAGUGACAGGUUUCACAAUACAGGGAAGGAAGAAGAGUUUGCACAGCAGGAUUCACUACAGAUGUAUGUUGUAUUUAGGGUGUGCUAACAUUAUAGACAACAUUUCAUUAAUAACAUGUCUCUACCGUAUUUGUCCUCACAUUCAAAAUUAAAUUGCAUACAUAUUUAUUGAAAAAAACAAAACAGUUUUCACUUAUCUUAUGCAAUGAAAGGCACUAAGUCUGCCCAGGUGCAGUAACCCAUGGCAAAUAAUCAGCAGGUAGCAUUUAUUGGGCACCUUGGCAAACUUAGCACCAUUUAUUACAUAUAGCCGAAAGAGUUCUACUGAACCUAACUCUGUGACAAAAUGGGGAGGGCAUUAAAGGAACAGUAACAUCUAAAAAUUAAAGUGUUUUAAAGGAAUGACAGUAUAAUGUACUGCUGCACUGGCAACACCGGUGUGUCUGCUUCAGGAACACUACUAUAGUUUAUAUAAAUAGAGCUGCUGUAUUGCCACAGCUUAUUUAACUAUAGUAGUGUUUCUGUAGUAAACACACCAGUUGUACUAGUACAGAGCAACACUACAUUAUAACACUCUAGUUUUUUGGCGUUACUGUUCAUUUAAACAUUGAACUUUAUAGUUAAUAAAGCUAAAGGGCACAAGUGGGUUUUUGACCAAAAUAAAAAAAACCAAUUCAGCCCCAUGCCAAACCAGUUGAUUGCAGAAAACCAGUGUUAGUUCAAGAAGUUUCUGCAAUCAAAUGCCUGAAGUUCAUUUAGGUGAAGGUUGAUUUGACAAAAAUAGUUGCAGUUGAGUUGCAGUUAUAUUACUGUUUGGAGUCAUAUUUGGAAUGCAGAAUGAGAUGUGGAGGAGCAUGUCCAGCAUUAGGCCUUUCUGCCAUUUACCUUCUUCACAGCCCUCUGUGGUACAUCUUGUGCCAUUGCAUUUUCUGCACAAUACUCAGGUAGGUAAAUGGGCAUACAUAACCCUAAUGAAUAGUUUUCAAUAUUUGCUUAUAAACAAAUUUUCAUGGUCAGAAAAAAAUAUUUUACAAUUUUCCUCAUUUUUUAUCCCUAAUUUUCAUAAUAUUUCCUACUCAGUAUCUCACAGUUUGCAGAAGCAUUAAAUAUAACCCCUUUGAUGCUAAAAACAGGCCCUGAAAAAUCUUAUACCUUUUCAGUCAAACUGUAUAUUUAUGAAUGAUUCAACGUGCCCUUCAUUUAGUUUUAGGCUCAAGACACAUGGGGUUUUUUCAGCCAAGUACAUGCCACUCAACUGUCACCAACAAUGACGAUGGAAUGCUGAGAGAAAUUCAGCCACUUGGUUUGUGCCCAGACUUUGCAGGUGUGACUUUGCAAAAUGAACCCUACUAUUCCCAUUCAAGAAAUGGUUAAACCAAAUGCUGAGUUUUGUCACAGAUAUUGUUGUGUGUUAGGUUCUACAUCCCAAGACUAAUACAAGGCCAUUACAAUAGCUUGCUCUGUACAAACUUUAAUCCGCUGGGGAUUCUGAAAAGGUAUGGUAUGUCAGGCCAAGGUGUAUGAUGACUAUACUGCAGUUUGAUCUUACUGUUGUUUGGAGAUGUGUCUGUUGUUAUUGUAGUGCAGUCAUUGUCACAGUGCCAGGUAUAAGUGGUACUAUAUUAAAAGCACUCUUCAUUUCAAAAUCAUAUUUGUAUCCUAGGUAGAAUUAAACUUGUUGUCUUAGGGUUCCUAAACAAGGGUGGCUUUUUCCUCUUUUAAUUAGAUUACAGAGAUGCAGUAUAGACUGUUGUUACAUUUUUGGAAGACACACUAAGUACCACAUUUGCCCGUGAAUGUGCUAGAAAGGAAAAAAGGUUGUUAAAAAAGAUGCACCUUGAAUAAAAAAAAAAAAACUUGUUAAACAUCCCGUUUAUUUUAUAGAAAACUGUUGUGCCUUUUACCUGUUUUGCCUUGCAGUCAGGAGACAUUUAUUACUGACAAACUGUCUUGCAAGAAAAGAGGGUUAGAUCCUAUCUGUAGAUUUCACUUUCUUAAAUUAUAGCAGGAGAAUUCAGACAAGUAGUUUUAAAGGUCAUAGUAGUAGUUUGAACAGUGUGGAUCUUGUUGCUAUGCAACUGUAAUAUAAUGCUUCAUUUCAACAUGACAAUCAUUGUUUCCAGGAAUAUUUAUUUGAUUUAGUAUAGAGUUGUAGUAAAUAUGGGAUAUUCCCAUUUGACUAUGCUUUUGAAACCGUAGGACAUUCACAUUAUGUCCUAUAUGUAUAGCUGUGCAGGAUGAAUCCUAGGGAAAAGAACUCUGUGGCUUAAUACCAUUUGAUCUUGCUCACAUGUAAAGGAAUCUCAAUGGGUUCAUUCAGAAAACAACAAAAACCCACUUGCUUUCUUGGACACUGCACUCCUGAUAUUGUAAGGGGGCUCUUUGUAUGAACAGUAUUGCUUAUGUAGCCAACAUGGACUGUUCAUUUGGAAACCACUUCAACAGUUACAAUAUUUUGUUAAGCUUAUCACACUGUCAAUGUUUCUAUUUAAAUAGUUGUUUUUGGAAUUAACAGAGUUCAAAACAGAUUAUACCUGAAAUGACAUUUUUGUAUUGAAUUUAUUUACAAAUCUUUUGCACAAAUGUGUUAUGUUUUAUACUGCAGAAAUGAAAAUACAAAUCUGCAUUUAA